AGAACAAAAAGGGGGAAAGAGGAUAUGGGAAGAAAGAGGACAAAAGGUGAAGGUGAACGAGGGGGCGGAGAGUCAGCUAAGAGAAAGAAAGAGAGGAGAGAGGAUGAAAAGGAGGAAGAGGAGAGAAAAGGAGGUGACAUCAGAGGGGAGACUCCAGCUGUGACAUCAGGAAAGUUUUUCAACAGCACAGAGGGAAGAACACGAAGAAGAGAGGGAGUGGUGAGAGGAGGAGAGGAGGAGAGGAGGAGGUAUAAAUGUGUCAGGACAAACUGAACCUGCUGCAGUUGAAGAUGCAGCUCCUCUUCCUCCUCCUCGUCCGAGCGUCGGCGCUCGCUCUCCUCAGCCUCCUCCCUGUUGCCACGGCGACGGCCCGGCCGGGGCUCACCUGCCGGCAGGAGAUCCCGGCCGAGCUCAUCCGGCAACUGUGGAGCCGACACUCGGAGCUGAUCCGAAGACUGCCGAGAGAAAAAACUUUCUCGAGGCGUCUGAGACUUCUGCCCAAGUUCUGCACCAAAUGUCCUGAGCGUGUGAUUGGUUGGCUGGAGUUGCAGGAAAUGAUUGACAUCUACCAGAGGAGUGUGUUCAGCAGAGACGUCAUUCAGAAGCUCCUCCCCCUGCACUACAAUGACCUGCUGUACCGACUUCAACACACACUGCAACACUGUAGGCUGAAGGAGGUGGAGGUCGGCAGCAAACCUCUGUUCAAUUCUGUCGUCAGGAAAACCAUGUGUCAGACAGACAUGCAGCUGGUGAACGCCACUCUGGACGUCUACAUGCGCAUCUUCUCCAGCAUCCUGCAGCACGACCACCAUGGACCCGACCCGGCGCUGCUGAAGACCCUGACCGACUACGAUAACAAGUUUGUGUACGCGGAGCUGAUGGUUCGGAAGCAGAAGAUGGAGGAGCUGAGGGGAAAACUGGGCGAACUGAACCACGACAACGAAAUCACGAUCCACCAUCUGAACAAUAUAAAG